AUGGCAAAUCCCGUGCGACCGCCGUUCAAAACACGCAAGAAACAGACUUUGGAUUAUUUCAACUUCCUGAGACUAGGGAAGGCGGUACACUGGGCAGCCGCACCCCGCGCGCGAUAUUACACGGCAUUCCAGCUCCCAUUCGUGGGGGGCGGGCGGAGCGUAAGAGACUGGCCAGGGCUCCUCCAGGCGGACUACGACAUGCCUCCCAGGGAGCCAUUUUUCGGAAAAUGGGUUCCGGAACCACAAGACGGAGUCCCCGCCGGUGGGCAUAGCGCGGGCACGACAGCCAAGAAGAUACACAGAUCGUUGGAUGCCCAAGGGUGGGAAAUCAUCAAGAUCCUCGGCUGGGGAGGCUUUGGCCUGGUGUGCUUGUUCAAGAGAAAGCGACGAUUUAGAGGGCGGAUCAUUAAACGCGUCGUGAAAUGGAGCUUUGUGGAAGGCGAUAUGAGAUCAGAGAAGGAGAAAUUGCUAGAAUUUGAAGGCGCCAUGCACGUGGCCCAAAUCAGCAAGACAGCUGAGGGCAUGUUUGAAAAGGCAGCUAAAGACCUGCCAGAACCCCCCGACGACGUGACGCAAAACUUCAUGUUUCUCGACUAUUACCCACGAGGCGGGUUGGACAAGGUGUUAGAAAAGGUUGCCGAAGCUAGACAGCCGCUCUCGGAUUACACGCUUUGGCUGAUGUUCGAUUGCUUGUUUCGGAUGGCCGUUGCCCUACGAUACCCGCCAAAGGCAUGGCCGGGGUUUGGUCAACACAAUCACAACCAUUACGAGCGGAUUCCCGCACCAGUCGCGCCUCGGGGUCGGUCGAGACCGGAGCAAACCAGGAACCAGAAUAUAGACGAAAGGAAUUUCGUCCACUUUGAUAUAGACCCCUCAAAUAUCAUGAUUGCAGAUCUUGACAAUGGUGACCACGAAACUGUGCCCAACCUCAAGCUCAACGAUGUCGGUCUAUGCGUCGAAAUUACAAACGCGGUAGCUGGAAAGGCGAAGAGCAUGUGGGACUUUCGAAGGAGGGGCAAGGAUGGUUGGCUCACUCCGGAACAAUUCUCGACAGAGUGGAACUACGUCAAGUCACACCCGAGUGGGGCGCGUAUUGCCGGCCAAUACACGUGGAAGACGAACCUGUGGCAGCUCGGCCAGGUCAUGUGGUGCCUAAUCAGCCACCGAGUCCCGCCGUCGGGGCCUAUACCAGAGAAUGUGGUACCAGACGGGGGCCACGGGCCGAUGAGAUGGACGUACGGAAAAUUCAUCACCCGCAACGCUCCGCCUGACGUUUUCACCGAUACGGAUCUUGAACUGCGCAAUCUCGUGGUGAGAUGUAUGAUGGACGACCCGGCGGACCGCCCUGAGAUGGAUGAGCUGGAAAGGAUAAUCAGCGAAGGAAUACAGCGCCACGACCCGGGCCCGCGACGGAGGCAAGCACUCAGACCGUCCGCCGUCACGGUCGAUCCCAUCUUUGGGGACCCGAAGGUACCGAGAGCACAGAUUGCAAAGAGGAUAUCAGAUUGGUUGGAAAGGGCGAACGAUAUACAUUUUAUAUAGGAAGAGAGGAAAAGGGACAUUUUGUUCUCCUUUAGCUUUUCGGCCAAAUUUCAAACCUUCCAACUGACUAGGUACUUAGGUACCCGAUCUUUAAGAAGACGAGGCCCCCGGGAGAUCGGUAGAAUUUUCCAAAGG